AUGGAGAAUAUUCCAUCUCAGUUUGAUUCAAUCAGAUCAAUCUACAAUGCUCAGAAGGAGCAAUGGACUGUUGGGGAGAUGUCUGCUAUUCUUGCCAAGGAAGAGGAGGACAUGAGAAAAGGUAGGGCAAGAAGUAUCUCCAUGGUGGCGAACCCAAACAAUCCUCACAAGAGAAAGUUCACUUCCAACAACUCUAGUGACCAAAAGCAUCCUAAGAAGAAAGCCAACCAUCCUAAGGGAAAUGGGCAAGCUAGCUCAUCUUCAACUGGUCAUAAGAAUGAGUUUUUCAAAGGGAAGUGCAACUUUUGUCAAUGCUUUGGGCAUAAGAAAGCUGAUUGUCGAAAGCUCAAAGCUCACUUAGAGAAGAAAGGCAGUGACAAACCGAAGAAGACCGAGUAGGUUGGAGGAGCAUGUAUACAUGGGAGACGAUACUAAAGUCAGAGUUGAAUUUUUUGGGACUGUCAGACUGCAGCUAAAUACUGGGCAUUUUUUGGAGUUGCAUGAUGUUGCUUAUUUACCCUCUAUUAGGAGGAAUUUGAUUUCUGUAUCUAUUUUGGAUAGACUAGGUUAUAGUCUUCAUUUUGGAUCUGGAAAACUGACUUUGUAUUGUGACUCUAUGUUGGUUGGAAAUGGAACUUUAUGUGGAAACUUAUAUAAGCUUGAUUUACAUGAUGU